AGUGUGUUUUAACACCACUGUGUGUGUGUGUGUGUGUGUGUGUGUGUGUGUGUGUGUGUGUGGCAGGUAAACGUCACUGCUUGUUGAGAGAGCCUCUGUGAGCGCGCGCCACACUUCCUCAAUCGACGGAAUCACAGAGUGAAGAAAAAACGACAGAGAGAGAAAAAGAACAAGUUUCAUCGUCCUGCUGCGGCGAGAAAGAAGGAGCCAGCCCCACGUUUGCUGAACGAGGUGAGGCUGACGGCUUUGUAACUUUUCAGACGAGGUCUGCACAGAAGUACGGUGUUUUGUUAGUGAAGUUUGCAGGAGGUGGUUUAAGAGACAAAAAGUCGUGCUGUCUCCUCUUGUUUCUGCUUUCAUCUCUUGGGGAAACAAGCGGCGGAGUUGUGUCAACCGCGACCGUUGCUGCUAACGUCUGUUAGCUCAUUCUUAACACCGACUGUUAAUGUAAUGUCAGUUUAUCCAGAGUUAUAACCUGCACACUAUACCCACCGUGUUUCGCUGCCAGCAAAACAUUCAUACUGUCAUUUAAGACUGAAGUUUUGUCAGCUUUUCUCGGCAAGUAUUGGCUUCUUUUUAAGGCAUAAAAGCCAAAAUGGUGUGACGGAUUCUUUAUUUUUUGUAACACCGCAGAGCCUGCCGUUCAAGGAAAAAAGUUACCUGUCUGGUUUAUUUAUCAUAGGUGAAGUGUUACUACUUUGCGAAACGAAUCCCAUAAGCCUAUUUUUUCCCCGUUGUCAAAAAAUGUGAUCCCUUAUUAAUUCUAUGUGUCAGCACAGUUUGCUACAACAAGAGUUGUUUAGUGGCAGCGGGGGCAUUAAGGAAUUCCAGUCCAGGUCACAGAUUCUCACGGGUUACAGAAUGCGUCGGAACACCGGGGCGGUGAGCUGGAAUGUGGGCAGGUCUGGACAGCAAAGCAAAAAAGAGCGGCGUGAGGCUAGAAACCUUCAGAUUUAUUUGCACAUAUCGACAAUCUGGAUGGAAAUUGUUGGCUGAGUCAAACACAACGUGACAUCUGUGCUCAGCCAACUGACAAUCAACCACAUCCUUCUGAGAAAGAAAUAUUGUGACAAGAAUCGGAUACACCGUGAACGACUGUAAUAUUCACGUUUGAACUGUUAACCACUAUAGAAUUUGGCCAUGCAUUUCCACAUUCACAGAGUUCAUUGAAAACUCGUAUUUGAAGGAAAGGUUACACCCUUUCCAUGUUUGUAUGUGACUUAGGCACAUGUGAGAACAUGCUUCUACCAACAGCAAUAACACUGCGUUUUAAUGCAGUCAUUGAUUAUAAUAAUAAUUAUCAUUAUUGUUAUAAUUAUUACUAUUUGAGUGCCUCCUUGGAUUACCCACCCUGGAUUCAAUAUGCACAUUGUAGAUGACAUUUUUACGAUGACAGGUUGGACAAAAGCAAGCAUACACGCACCAACAGCCUUUGUUUUUUGCACUUUAUUUCGUCUGAUUAUUUAGCCUGAAGGUCAAGAUUCUUCAUUUUGUAAUAAACUAAAAUUUAAGUAGAAAAAAUACUACAGGCACACCCUGUUUUUGUUGUUAUCGUAGCUGUGUAGGAGGUACACUUUUUGAUUAUGAAUAUCAGGAAGUAUGGUCAAAAAGUGUGAAAAUGACACCAUACUGUUACAUAUACAAGGGCAUAACUACUUAAACUCAUGGCACAAAAUCAAAACUGCACAUGUACAGUUUGCAAAGUAAUCAAUCUCUGUCGCCCUCAAUCACACAGUGUGCUUGUUAUUGAUCUCCAAACACCCCCCCGACAUGACAGCUCACAGCAGCAGUGAGAGAAUGUGAAGACAUGGUUCAUUCACCGCCCUUUCCUAUUAGUGAACUCAUUUUUUUUCUCUGCUCUGUAUUUUUCUCUCUCUCUUAUUUUUUCUGGUCUUAGUGUGGGUGGUUAUGGGUUUAGGCAAAUACCAGCAAGGACUACUGCAGUGCAAUGCAUGCUUAUGUUUGGAUUAGUGACAUGUUGAGGCUUGCUCUGCUUUGCAGCACAGGCAGACAUCCCCACUGUUGCAGUUGCAAACUACACAUUCAGGAACCAGAGAAGUGGGGGAGGCACUUGUGAUGCCAAGACACAAGACAAAGCAGUUGGGUUUUACAUAAAGGGUCAUUGAAUUUAUAGAGCGGAUGAGCAAGACAACCUUAGUGUAACUAAAACGCAUGCUGAACAUGAACGAUAAAUGGGCGUCAACCUUUGCAGUGCAGAUGAAGAGUUCAGAAGUGCAUAGACAGUUACAAAACAAGCUGUGGCUCAGUCUGUCACACCUAAAGCUGAACAUUAGGCUGGUAUUGAUCCCUCACCAAUAUGUCACUUUGAGCUUGUAUUUCACUCAUGAUGUACUAAAUAUUUCACUAUUUAAUUUUACUUCAACUUUAUAACUCAUAGGUCUUGUCCACCAUAACAGUCUAAAUUAUGUAUCCAGCAGUUUUUUUUUUUUUUUUUUACUCUACAGACGUAAAAAAUGUUCAGGUAUUCAGUUGGCUGACACGUGCUUUUUCCACCAUAAUUACUGCUUUACAAAAAGUACAACAUGGAGAAUGUAGAAACUAUACCAUAGGGGAGACAUCUGCUGUAUACAACAUAACAGUAUUGUACAGUGUUACACCCUGAUAGUCAAGGCAUUAAAAUUCCAGGUUAAAAAAAGUAGGGUCAAAUAAGGACAGUAAAAGAUGACAAAUAUAAAAUAACAAUUGGGUCAAAAAUUCUGCGAAUAAAUUAACUUUCACAUUGUGCUAUUAGGCUUAUAAGUGAUAACAGGCAAACCAUAGAGCUCCAGAUAUCUGUGGUGAAGCUCAUAGCUUAAACUUUGUAAACUCUGGUGAUGACUGUCUGUAUUACACCGUCAUCCAAGUGACUCCAGCAUGCAGAUGUGAUGUUCUUGUCUCAACAAUGCCCAUGUGAGCUAUCUCUUCUUUGCUGUUCCAUCCUUCUGCCUUAAUGCAAACGGUCAUAGUGGACAUCAAGUUGCCUCCACCUAAUCCGAGACUAGUUGAUUGCUAACUGCUAAUGUUCAUGAAAUGGUAAUGAAAACAUUUUUUUCUUUCAGUCCCAAAGAAAAUACAUGAGGUAUUCUGCCAUUUAGGGAUUUUAUGGCUUGUACUUUACACAACAGGUGGUAUUGACACAGCCUUGAAAAUGUUGAAUGUGGCUUUUUGCAAGUGAAAUGUUUAAAAAUGGAAACAGCAGUGACACAGUUAAUGUCAAAGCAUACCAAAACCAGAGUGAAAUCAUUUCCAGUCACUGUAAAAUUCACAGGAAAAAAGCCUCUCAGGCUUCACUGAAACAAACAGUUCGCUGGUAUCUGACAGGGUGUCAGGGACAUGCAGUUCUUUUGUCAAUCAAAGAGCACUAUACAUUCCUUCUUUUACUUUGGCAUCUGUACAUUAAGAUUUUGCUGUUAAGACUUAGUUCUCAAUAGGUCAGUAGUAAUACUGUGCAAGAAUAUGCAGCUUUUUGUAUGUAUGUAUUGUAUUGUAAUGUAAUGUGUUGGCAGUGGUUUCAGACCAGCUUUGUAUGUUACACGUCAUAGAUAAAUGUUACCUGCUAAGUAACACUGUUUUAAAAUCUCUGAUAGCAGGUGACACGGGCACUUGUCAACAUGGCUCCUUUUUUGAGGAUUGCCUUCAACUCGUACGACUUGGGGGUCCUGCCCAAUUUGGCAGACCCGCCCUUCUGUGCAAUCAAGAUGAAGGAGGCUUUGACAACUGGUGAGGAACACUUGGAUCAUCUGCACCACUCUAUUGUUUACAGGAGUUGUCACCUGUGUCGAAAGCUUUUUAUGUUCUGCGCUGAAAAGUAUUCAACUUUUUUUUCUUCUUCUUUUCACUCUGCCAGAACGAGGAAAGACCCUAGUCCAGAGGAAACCCACAAUGUACCCAGCAUGGAAGGCCUGUUUUGAUGCCCAUAUCUAUGAAGGUCGCGUUCUGGAGAUACUGCUCAUGAAGACCGCAGAGGAACCACUGGCUGAGGUCACUGUUGGAGUGUCUGUCCUUGCUGAACGUUGCAAGAAAGCAAACGGGCGCGCUGAGUUCUGGGUAGGACUAAACAGACUGCUCUCUGCAACAAUCUGGGCUGUUUGUGUCGUUAUCUAACAAUGUUUGUGUGUUCAGGUGGAUCUCCAUCCCUCUGGGAAAGUGAUGAUGGCAGUGCAGUAUUUUCUUGAAGGAGGGGAUACAGGUAAAUGGAAAAUAAAACAAUAACAUUAAUAGUUCUACUGAAGCCUGUAUAAAUUUGUGUAUGACAAUAAACAAUUAUGAUUGGAUUCGCAACACUCAUAAAUAGCAUGAGCUCAGAAACUCUUGUUCAGGGAUGCACAGAUCUUAAUUUUCAAAGUCUUAACGCUAGUUUUAGUAUUAAAUACCAACAUUAGAUUAAUAAUCUAGAUUCCACAAUGUGAGGAUGAGGCUGUGAAUCAUGUUUUAGCAACUCUAGACCUAUAUGACUUUGUAAUCCAAUAUUAUACAAAUAUAAAUACAUUUAACAGGCAGUAUUAUUAUUUUUCAAUGCAAUAAAUCUGUGAAAUAAAUCUGUACCUGCAGGUUGUUCAGUUAACUUCAAACUUAACCCAAAUUACAAUUAAACUGUGGUCCUAUGAACAACAGUGGAUUAGUCAGGAAUUAAAAUUCCAGGGUAAAAAAAAAAGGGUCAAAUGAGGAAAAUAAAAAAUAACAAUUGGGUCACAAGUACUUCAAACAAAUUAACUUGCACUUUAGGAAUAAGCUGCAAGAUAAGCGACUGGACAAACUUUUCCUUCAUGGCAGUCUGACUUCAGUCACUUUGGUGUAUAAUCUAUGAAAAGCUUGAGCUUGUAGCUCUGAACUGUUUGGCAGGUAACCUGUGUCAGCAGUGAACUAUUAGACUUAUAAGUGACAAUAGGCAAACAAUAAGGGCUCCAGUUAUAGGUAGUAAAGCUCAUAGCUUAAACAUUGUAAACUCUGGUGAUGAAUGUUUGCACAUGUUCAUAUAGAGUCCAGGCAGACUUACAUAAUGUUUAACUGUGUCUGGAUUCCAGGUGUUUAACCACACGGCAUGAUUCCUUAUUCCCAAGAGUUGCAGGCUUGUCUUGAUCAGAAUACUAAAUCCAAGAACCUUCUCUGCUAUUUUUCACACUUUUAAAUAAUCACCGGGGAGUUUCAGGGGUCUUUGAAACACAGCUGAUAUUAUUAACUGCUUUGUUUCAGCAGCUUUUUUUAUUGGCAUGAUGAUUCUUAAGAUGCUUGAUUAAAUUAGUUUGUAUGUAUAAUAUUUUGCUUUGGUUCCACCAACUCUCACAGCAUGAGCUUUACACAUAUUGCAAGUUGCCAGAGUGAACAAGUGUAAAAUAUCUCCCAAACUACUGAGUCUCGAUAGUGUACUCUCUCAAUUUGCAAAAUGCACAGACCUAUCAGUAUACAGAUGAUACAGUACACACAAGGUUGUUGUUGUUAUCAUAGAAUUGUUGGGAACUAAGAUAAAUAGAUCCGUUCCAUGGAUUGGCUCUUUGUCACAGAUGCCAGAGUCUGUAUUUGACCAACAUUCAAUACCAGAAUUGGAUCCAUGCAUCCCAACUCUUGAUCUCAUCGGCAGUGUAUGGCUGUUGUUUGAUGAGACUUGAUUAACUGGGACCUGGCAACACCAGCAGACAACCGUUAACAGUCUGUACCCACCCUUAACCACUUGUCUCUUAGUUUCAGUGGAUACCCCAGUCUGUACUUGAUCAUUUAUUUGCAUUAGGCAAUCCAUCUUCAAUGAACCAGCAGAAAGGAUUCAUAGUAUAACUUUUUUUUGGGGGGGGGAAGGGAGCAGAAGUCUUUUUAGUCUUAACAAAGGAAGGAAAAGUUGCAUAUUUUUUGUGUCUUUCAACAUUUCUUCAGCAUUGCGAGUUCGCUUCCCCUUUAUGAAUCUUCACUGCGAUCUUGAAUCUAUACUUCUGCGGAGUGCGGACAUAAUACUUAUAUUUAUUUUGGGAAAAGAAUGACCAUGUACCUCAACAAACCAUGCUAACAGAAGAUGCUUUUGACAUUCUUCCAGUAGUAUCUUAUGACCAUAUUCAAAGUUUUUUCUUAAAUCAUAGUGGGACUGAGCACAUGAAUAUUUAAUUUUACCAAGAAAAAGAUUUUCAGCUAAUGACAGUAAUUUUUAAUCUAUUAGACAUUGACAGAUUUAACAAUGGCCAUUGCUCAAGUUUUGAUCGGGGUAUAAUUUUCUUUUUCAUCUUUUAACACUUUGUACUGUUGUGAAUUCUUUGAAAAACUUUAACUCAAUACUUGCAUUCAUCUUCAGUGACUUCUGAAUUAUUUUCUGGAUUACAUUAAAAUAUUCCCAGUCUCCCCCAAAAUUUUGAUAAUUUGUUGCAUUAUUUGUCUGUCUUGAAGCACAGUGAGACUUCGCUUUCUAUAGACUCUGAAACUGGCAUCGUACUUAAAAAUGGCCAAUAUGUGUAUUGGGUGUGGUUUUUAUAUAAGCCACGAAGAGGUUUCGACCACACCCACAAACAUUCUUUUGUAUUGUACACACUACUUUAUACUGUUACAUUAUACUGUGUGUAAAUACAACAAAAUCAAUAAAUAAAGAAGGGGUUAUCAUAGUGGGGCUUUGUUGGGUACCAUGCUUGCUGAACAUCCAAAACACAAAACAGGCUUCAAGGAGCAAAACACUGACUAGUUGGUUUAGUUGCCGAUCCAAAAACUUCAAGCAUGUAUAGCAACAGACAAAAAUCAGCUUUAGCUGGAAAAGAGUAAGUGGGAUAGAGGCUUGAAUUGAAUAAGUGAAAGAAUGAUUUGCAACUGGCUUUUGAAUGAGCAACUAUUUAUCAGAUACUCAAAUACUAUACAGAUAAAAUUCAGCCUUUCAUUCCUCAAGCAGCUUGUGUAAUUUCCAUUUUCCAUUCCUUUCCUUUGUAACCCACUCACCCUUUAGUACACAGACUGUCCAGCCAGCUUUCAGUAUUUUUCAGAGGUUUUAAUGUGCUUUAAUCAUUCACAGACAUCCAUGUGAAGAAUUCCAAUCAGUCCCCUCAGAUUAUCACUGAGUCUCUCAAUUGGUGAUCAAUAAAAAUAACCUUUAACUAACAGUGUUUCUCUGUCUAUCUGUUAGAGAGUAAACAAGCUGUGAAGGAGGAAGAGGCCCCAACCCUGAACCGCAGACGAGGGGCAAUCAAGCAGGCCAAGAUCCACUUCAUAAAGAACCAUGAGUUUAUCGCCACGUUUUUCAGACAGCCCACUUUCUGCUCGGUGUGCAGAGAGUUUGUCUGGUUAGUACAGUCUACUGUGCGGCCCUGUUAACAAACUUUUGAAGGCAGUUGAAAAGGAACUCUCAAACCACUAAUCAGAUAAACUAAAACACCAUACAGGAAGACUAAAAGCAUGGCGCAAAGGACUUCCAGAUUUUUAGGUGCAUUUAGUGCUGCCCAUGUAUCUGCCUUGUUUUGUUUCUCGUGAUCUUACACAUAAAUUUGGUGAAUCUGGUAUUCUCUUUGAGCCACUACAUUUGUUUGUGUCAGUUGUCAUAUUUCAUACUCAAAUGGCCACAAAUCUCCACUGAUCUGCUUUAAAGCUAAUUUUUGUCUCAUUGGAGAGGGGGUUCUUAAAACAAAAAAUAAAGCCUAGUAUCCAAAUUAGCAAGGGUGUACUCAGGCUUCUCAUUGUGACUCCAAAUUGGUUGAUCAGCGAACAAUUGACAUUCACAUGAUACAGAAGUAGUUCAAAUGGACCCAUUGAUGUCACUUUUUAUCUUGCAGGGGACUCAACAAGCAAGGCUAUAAAUGCAGACGUAAGUGUACACUUGUAUCUGGUUUGUAGCAGUCUGACAGAAGGAUAUACAUCAAAAUACUGUUUUAUUUUUACACCUUAUAGCUUUUAUUUUUCUGUUUUCAGAAUGCAAUGCAGCCAUCCACAAGAAAUGUAUAGACAAAAUCAUCGGCAGAUGUACUGGUACUGCUGCCAACAGUCGGGAUACAGUGGUAAGUGUCUCAUAGUUGUUCAGCACAUGGUGUACCGUGAGCGUUCUCCGUAUGCCCCACAUGUCAGUUUAGCGUGGGCUAUUUUUUAUUUCUCUCCUUUCAGUAUAAACAACAAUGAGUUGUUAUUGAACCGGCAGGUAUCGCCAGGUCAGAAUUUAAAACAAAAAGAGGUAACAAAAACAAGCUUUUUUUCCAGUUAUCUUGAGUAUUUUGGGGUAAAGCCCUCCAGAGACCAAUUAAACUAAAUAAUGGUGUCAUGAUAAUGAUCAAACACACCCACCUACCCCUGGGGUCUAUAUAAGAUGGGGGCAGUCUCUCAGGGCAGUCUAAAUCACUGCAAAGGCAGAUGUGGGAAGACAGAGGGAACUCUAUCCAUCAGUGUGGACAGCUCUGACACUAAGAGUAGUAGAAGAAAAGGCGAAAAUAAAGAUGAGGCAGGUGCGCCGGCCUGUGAGGUAUAACAGGACACCGAUAAGGAUUCACUCACCACCUGUUCGUCAUGGAGAAGAUAAAUCUUGCUUGCUUCCACAGUUCCAGAAGGAGCGCUUUAAAAUUGACAUGCCACACCGUUUCAAGACCCAUAACUACAUGAGUCCCACCUUCUGUGACCACUGUGGCAGUCUCCUGUGGGGUCUGGUCAAACAAGGACUGAAAUGUGAAGGUAAGGUGCAAGACAUGUUUGAGUAACUGACAGUUGCUGUAAUUGGACAUUUCUCUACCAUACAUAUUUUAAUGUUUUUUUUGUGCAGACUGUGCCAUGAACGUCCAUCACAAAUGUCAAGAUAAAGUAGCCAACCUUUGUGGUAUCAACCAAAAACUACUGGCUGAGGCACUGACACAAGUCAGCCAGGUGAGGUCAUGGAAACAGUCAUUCAGUCCAGAGUUUAAUCAGAUCUCUUUCGGUUUGUCAGCUGAAGUCAAAGUCUUUUCAGAAAUCAGAAGAUAAGUCUGGCUCAACUGUCAUUACACAUGAUUUAAUCAUAACGUGUCUCAUUCAGGCUAUAGAUAUCUGAUAACAUUAUCGAUUUUUUCUAUUACAAUACUCAAAUGAAUCAGAAAAAUGUAGAAUUAGCUCAGUUUUUAUAAGCAGUUGCAGUUAUACAACCUAAUUUCAGAAGCAUUAAUUUGUUAACUUAAAAAUCUAUAUCUUUCUCUAUUCAGGAGUCAGGCUACAGGUCUCACAUGAGCAAAACUUUAUUUGACUGCUGUAACGUGUGUGACUAUAAUGUGAAGUUCCAAAUCUUGUGGUAAAAACAUGGCAAGAAAAUAUUACAAUAUUAAAAUUGCUAAGAUUACAUGAAGAAAUUUGGUGAAGUAUGACAGACAUUUUAUGAAGUGUAUUUCUUUAUUAUGGUUUCUGCUUAAAGGUGAUCUGUAAAUACAAACUCUCAUCAUUAUUGCAAAUCAAUCGUGUGAAGUUGGUCAGCAGUCUAACUUGGCACUUUGUUUUUGUAACUUACACGUUUUAAAUGUAAGAAUGUCAAAGUAUUUAAGUUAACCUUUGAACUUUACUGAGUAUUUUUACUAUUGUUGAGUGUGACAUCUGAGCCUCAUGCCCUGAUGUGUUUAAGGACUAGCCCAUUGUGAAGCCUUCAGUUAUUCAUCUCCCUCCUAUGCAUACCUGUAAAUGUAUGUGGUUUUUUGGUAAAGUCAGAUUGUUGUCUCAAGAGAAGAAUAAGCUGAAAUGUUUUUAUUGUAUUAACACUAGCUCUGGAUAAGUUACCACUGCUGGGAAACUGUUUUCCUUAUUUUUAUGUUUUUCUUUUGCUGCUGCAUCUUGUUUUUUUAACCAGAAGUCAUCCACCCGCCGUUCAGAUCCAAACCUUUGUGAUCUGCCUGACAUUGGAAUCUAUGAUGAGGUUAAAAAACUUGCUGCUUUAGAGAUCAAUGGUAAGAAAGGGUUUAUCUUACUGUGCAUACAUGUAAAUGCAUCUUUAUAGGCAGUUUAUCCAAGUUUGAAUCAAUACUUGAAGAAUUAGUUGCAAAUGCAAAUCCUUUGUCCGUCCAUUAGAUGGGUCUACCUAUGGCAAACUGUGGGAGGGGUCCAGCCCACGUCCUCAAUCUCGUCUUACUCAUCUAACCCGCAUCAACGUGGAUAACUUUGUUUUUCACAAGGUCUUGGGAAAAGGCAGCUUUGGGAAGGUACAAAGCAACCAUGUUAAUACAAAUUAAACAAUGGGAUUUUGAAAAGCCCUGACCUAAGAGUGAGAAAGUAAUCUUGUAUAAAAUACUGUCAUAAACACCAGCACUUUUGGGCCUUUAUUUCUAAACACAUACGUGUUUCUCCUUUCCUCUCCUCUCCUCUCCUCUUCUCUUCUCUUCUCUCCUCUCCUCUCCUCUCCUCUCCUCUCCUCUCCUCAGGUUCUUCUGGCAGAGCUGAAGGGUCGUGGAGAAUACUUUGCUGUGAAAGCUCUGAAGAAAGAUGUAGUGCUGAUGGAUGAUGAUGUGGAGUGCACCAUGAUAGAAAAGAGAGUCUUGGCCUUAGCUUGGGAUAACCCCUUCCUCACACACCUUUACUCUACCUUCCAGACCAAGGUAGCUGCUUACCUAGCUCGUUUGUGUCUGUAUCAGUUUUUUUUCCUCCUCCUCACCACUGGGUGUAUUUUUAUACUUUUGCUACGUUCACCAACAGGAGCAUCUAUUCUUUGUGAUGGAGUAUCUGAACGGGGGAGACUUGAUGUUUCAUAUCCAGGAGAAAGGGCGUUUUGAACUCCACAGAGCCACGUGAGUCCACCAGUCACAUUGACUGAACAGAUAGGAUGAGUUGAAUAAAAACACACACUACUGGUGUUGUUGUAGCUGUACAGAGAAUGACACACACUGUAUCAAUGAGCCAAUGGAAAGUAGAUACUUGUAAAAGGUUUUGCCUUGCUCCCAUUGGGUUUAUUUUUCUUUGACAUGAUGUUCUGAACCUGGAAAGGCUGAGCUUCCCUAGUGCUGAGUAGCUGCUGCUCACAAGCAGGCUUGCCUUGUAAGGAGUAAGCAGCUCUUUGAGUCUGUAUGUGAUUGUUAUGGGGAGGUAUCAGCUACUCCCACUCACCUUUCUACUCAUCACUUAACAGGAACCUUUCCAAGAAAAACAAACAAAGAUGCACUAGUGUCACUGGUGUACAUUUUUUUCAUCUGUGCACAGCAGAUGUUUUGGGGCAGUUUCCUGGGCUUCCAGGAAUUUGAGAUGGUUUUUAUCUUAUUGUUUUGAUCGCCAUAAGGAUAAAAACAUAUAAAUGAAAAAUAACUUGGAGCACAAAUUCAUGUCGUAAGUAAAGCAAGAUUAGUUCAGUUGGAAUCUAGCCUCCUGGCGAGAAUAUAUUAUAAGUGGAUUAGCAAGUACGUUCCUUAUUCUCCUGUAUUUCUAAACAUGAUGGAUGUACUGAGGCCCUGGAGUCCUUUGUUUAAAUGGGUUUCACUUAUACAUUUCAUGUAGUUAAACUCAAGCUGUGUCCUGGAGCCCUGAGAUGACAGGAGUAAUCCUCCUCUCCUUCACAAGCACAGACACCUGAUCUUGUGUUGACAUCCAUUGAAAUCCUCCUCACUUGGCGACUGUAUUCAGCCUGGAUGGAUAAUUUAUCCUCAGUAACUUAAGGAAAGAGAGUGUGCUCUUACAUUAAUUCUUAACAGGACAUGCAUUUGAUCACACAUUUGUUUGAAUGUUAAAAAAAAAGUUACUGUGCUGAUGCACAAGUUGUUGCAGUGGAAUGGAAACUAUCUCCUGUACUUUGUUAUGCAAGAUUUAUCCUCAGGCAGCAAAUGAACUGCAGAGUUUCCAGUGACCUCUUUAUCAGCACUGAGGUCGUUUUUCCCAGUGGCUACUGACUGGCUGCUGUAGAGUGUCCAGCUCGAUGUCUAAAUACUCCUCAGAGAGCCCAACUAUUUUUUAUAGAGUUCAUUUGACUUGACCUUUUUUUUGUGUGUCUGCAGAACAGUUUUACAUUUGCAUGCACACAUAUCUGUGUUUUAUAACUUGUUCUGAGAGAGCUGUACUUGUAAGGGUUUGCAGUCUUUGUCAGAUGGUCAUUUACAGUGAAUGCUGAUGAAUGCUAAAUUAUUGGAGUGGAGUGACAGCGACGCCAUCUUCUCUCAAAACUCUAUCGUUUUAAUGCACGCAGAAGGUGGGAGAGAACCAGGUUGGAGAUAGUCUAAUCUUUCUGCUUACAGCGGCUCUCAGGUUUCACUUUAUGAGAUCCUUAUUCAACUGUCUACUACUCCAUACAAAUGUCCUCUUAAAUAAUUAAGCUGGACACUGAAAAGAGUUUGCUAUGACACAGAUGUGUGGCUCAGCAUCAAGGCAGCUACAGCUCUCUGACCUGUAGCUCCCCCCUAGAGAUGAAUAAUUGAUAUCUGUCUGUCGGUCUGUCUUUCAGGUUCUACUCUGCCGAGAUCAUUUUAGGUCUUCAGUUCUUGCAUUCCAAAGGGAUCAUCUACAGGUGAGAAAAAACAACUGUAGAUAGCAGUAAACACAGUUGAGCCAUUAUAUUAAUUUUCUGCACGCACCUGAAAUGCUACAUUUUAAACAUCCCAGCAGACCUUACACAAUAUCCUUGAUUUCAGCACAGGAGCUUAUGCAUUGUGAAAUAAACUUGGUUAGGUAAUCCAAAGCAUCUUCAAGUUUUUUUCACUCAAAAGUUUCCAUGUUAUUGAGUGAUAAUGUGGUUGUUGUAAAUUGUUAAUAACUCCAAAGUUGAAUGAUAAAACAUGGAAUAUGUAAAAAAAAUAAUAUGUUGAGCAGGAUAAGUACAGUUUCAAGCAAGUUCAAGAUCCUUGUAGGAUAUUUAUUUCAAGAUAAUAUGAAAAAAAGAUUAAUCCAAUAUUAACUUUAAGAAAUUAUAUGUAGAAUGGUUGGCAAUUCAUAGAUAGAGGUAUUUACAGUCUUUAUACAGAUCAGAGCACCUGUUAGAGUCUUAAAAUUUUCUUGGGGUUGACACCUUUUAGGUCUCAGCGAUGUGCCAGAACAGUAAAGAUUCAAGAUUUCACAGUAGAGAAAACACUUUAUACAUAUAAAUUUCUCUCAAAGCUCGUAUAAAUCACAAAAGUAUUUGCUUAAUUUUAAACUAAUAUUGAUGACUCGUGUAUCAUCUUCAGUAAUUUUCUGCCCUCCUGUGAUGCUUUUUUUCCAGGGAUCUGAAGUUGGACAAUGUGAUGCUGGAUCAUGAGGGGCACAUUAAGAUCGCUGAUUUCGGCAUGUGCAAGGAAAAUGUGUUUGGAGAGAAUCGUGCCACAACUUUCUGUGGCACUCCUGACUAUAUUGCCCCGGAGGUAUGAAGUUUUAUACUUCCUGAUGCUCGUUCGUUCUGAAAUGUUCAAUUUGUAUUUAUCACUUUACACGACUUCUGUCCUGAAAACCGGUUUGUGCCUGUUUCUGUGUAGUAACUCACUACAACAAUGUGUUUUUGAUUCAGAUCCUGCUGGGACAAAAAUACUCCUUCUCUGUUGACUGGUGGUCAUUCGGGGUGUUGGUGUAUGAAAUGCUGGUUGGCCAGUCACCUUUCCAUGGAGAUGAUGAGGAUGAGUUGUUUGAGUCCAUUCGCAUGGAUACUCCUCACUAUCCUCGCUGGAUCAACAAAGAGGCCAAGGACCUACUUGAGCGGGUUUGUAGCCUUAUGAUAUACAGAAAAUUGUUAGUCAUAGGUCCUGUGUCAGUUGUUAUGCAGCGCUGUGCAUGUACUUGAGAGUACGUCAUGACAAUAGAUGAGGACAUGGUGAAUCACUUGGUUCUCGUAAAGAAUGAAUGUUAUGCUUCCAUGUGUCUUUGUAGCAAAAGCUGCAACAGGCUCUACAAUCAGAGUGGUCCAGAACUGAAUAGCUCCUUCUUUGCAUCUGGAAUGUCAGCACAAAUUACCUGCUAAACGGACACUUAAUUACUUUUUUUCUAAACAUGCUGCUGGUAGUGAUGAGCUGCAGUGUCCAUCCAAGUUCUCUUACACAAUGAUGUGUUGGUCCUGGAUUGAACUCAAAGGGGUGUCCCAAAGCUCUGGCUGUAGCUAUGAGGAAAGGGGAUCAGGAGGAGAGAGGAGAAGCAGGAAAUAGGAGGAGGAGCAGCCUUCACCAAAGUCUUUUAAUCGACAGAUUUAUUUAUCACUUGUUGAUUGGAUGCUGCAGCAGAUUGGACUUCACUGACAAGCCACAUCAUCCCUGGAGUUUAGGAACAUAAGAAAAGACCUUAACACAGAUGUGGAGGAGUCUCUUGAAACAGAUUAUAAAUAUAUGUCGCGUUCUGAACAGUCAGUCUGGGAUGGGCCAUAUGUAUUUGGAAUAAAAUGUCAGCAUAACAUUCAUCAAAUCAAUACUAAAGGGGGUGUCUAGAUUUCUAUUAAAACAGUGUAAGAUCAUGUCCUUCAUUACAUUGACUGUGCUGAUGCUUCAGAGUAAGUGCAACAGACAUGCACUUUUUUUUUCUUUAUUUCAAAAACAUUUUAUCAUUCCCAAUUUUUUUAACCAGUACUUUAUUUUCACUGUAUGGACUACCUGAAUGCAGCCCGCACUCACAGAUUUUGUGAGUGUAAAAUGUUACUGGAGUAUUAAAAUGAGGGGAACAGGUGCCUUACACACAUGAAAGUAGCUGAUGUAUUACUUACUUUCACUUCCUGGCUUUGUCUCCCCACAGCUGUUUGAGCGAGACCCUACUCGCAGGCUUGGAGUUGUGGGUUAUAUCUGUUUACAUCCCUUCUUCAAGAGCAUUGACUGGCAAGCCUUGGAGAGGAGAGAGGUUGAACCCCCCUUCAGGCCCAAAGUGGUAUGGCCUUCUCAAAAAGUCACUGAAGAUGACCUUUUUUCAUCGUGAUCACUUCUGUUUUUCUUGAGUGUCCUUUUGCUGAGUAAUUUGUUAUCUUUUGCAGAAAGCACCAAAUGAUUGCAGCAACUUUGACCGGGAGUUCCUCAGUGAAAAACCUCGUCUGUCCCACAGCGAUAAGAACUUCAUCGACUCCAUAGAUCAGUCAGCGUUCUCUGGUUUUUCAUUCAUCAACCCAGAGAUGGAGCACCUUUUAGAAAAGUGACUUCAUUACUGCUAACAGACAGCUCCCUGAUCCUGUCACCUUAUUAAACUUGCAAAUGAGCAGGCUGUUCCACUAUCAGUAUUUGUGUGACCUCCUCUAAUGCACAAACUCUUGCCCUGGGGUACAUGUACAAAGUAUAAUAAUAGAAAUUGGUCCUUGUAUAUAUUGAUGAUAUUGUUUUGUGUGAAUGCUUAUUAUUUGUCUAGGCCUGUAUUAGUAAUAAUGUUAAGACGGGAGGCUGAUACUAGCUCCAUUCCAUUUUGCCACUGCUUCCAUCCACAGUCUUUUUGUGUCUUUUUAAUUCAAUUCCACUGUAAAGAGUAUGAAAAUUAUGAAGAUAAAAAUAACAUAAAGGAAUACACUGUGUUGACUCUAAUUAUACUGUAUUUCAAAUGUAAAUUAUUUGUGAGAUUGAAGAAAUUGCAUGAGAGAUCUCAAACUAACACCUAUCAUGAUUAAAUUUAGUUAAGUGUUUUCUGUCUGAAUCUGAAUUUUAGACAUCAACUGGAUAAAUUAUGUCAUGCUGACAAAUUGAAACUUGUGGUUGUGCGACUGCCUUACAAGUGCAAUGUGGGGAGUAAAUAUAAGCUGACUGGUAGCUGGCUGGUCACAGUUGGAUUUGGAGGUUUGUCAGAUUGCAGUCCGGUGUACAAAAAGCUUGGUAACGGUGACUUUAAAUAAUGAGUGGGAAGUCACUGGAAUGCUGUAUAUAGACAGUGUAUGUAUAUUGUUAAAACAUGUAUAUUUGUCCUCAAAGGGUGUUUUUUCUUUUUUUUACUAUGUCCAUCUUUUACAUCUGAUUAAAAAAAACUAUCUACUCCCAA